AUGAAUCGUCGUAUGCUUACCAAAGAAGAUGAAGCGGCCGGUGAGGAGGUCGAGGUCCGUCGCGAAGACCAAGACAAGAUCAACAAAUUCAGCCGCCUACAUCAACGAGAACUGGGCCUAGAAGAGGAGCUAAAAACCAAGAAUAAAGAGAAGGAAGAACUCGACGAUAUCACCAUGGAACUGGAGCUUGCCGACGAGGAUGACAAAAUACCGUACAAGAUUGGUGACGCUUUCUUCCACAUACCAUUGCCACAGGCGCAAGAACUACUAGCCUCGUCGACUUCGCGUAUGGAGGAAGAUGUGUCGGGGCUCGAAGAGAAGCUCGCUACGGUGAAAGACGAGAUGACACAGUUGAAGGUUGAGCUCUACGCACGUUUUGGACGUAGUAUCAACCUCGAAACAUGA